CCGGGAAGAUGGGAAGAUGGAGCCGCAGCUUGGGCUCCACGAGCUGCUGCACGUUUUCUCCUUUUUGGAGGCCCGGGACCUGCUCCGCGCUGCCCAGGUGGACAAGGUCUGGAAUGAGGUUUCAAGGACCAAAGAACUGUGGAGGUGAGUGAAGGAAAAGCCAAACAUGGUCAGGAGAGUGUUCCACAACGGUGAGGGGUGUCCUGGAUAAGUGUUUUGAGCACUGCAUUUCUGGCUUUGACGAGUACACAAGAAAGGACCAUCCAAGCACCUAGCAGCAGGAAACCACCUCCCCCAGUCACAAGGCCUGUGAUACUCUUUUUUAAAUGGCAACUGUGUCUGAGACGCUGGUCAUCAUAUAAAGCCCCUCAGAUGACCUUGGGCACACAAACAUGGAAAGAGUACUAUCUCUGCCGAUCUGAGCUGGAGUUCCGAAUGGAAUCUGGGCGGCCAGAGAAGGACUUCAUCUGCAAAGCCAUUGCUGGGCACAAUGGAGGUAUAGAUGAAUUAGCCUACAUCUCAACCAACGAGUGCCGGUUUGACGGGCAGGAGAAGUCAGUGGUGUGUACCGUGUCCUCGGACAGCACUGUGCGUGCCUGGGAUGUGCAGGAGGGCACGGAGGUCUGGUCAAGCCCCCUGCAGCCUGCUGCUCUGGUGAACUUGGCAGCCUACCCUCGGCUGCAGCUGGUUGUCACUGUGGACAAGCGGGGCCUGAUCAAAACGUGGAAAGCAGAGAACGGGAGGGAGUCGGCCUCCUUCUCUCUGCCCACGUCCUCGUCCGCGUUGCAGGCCUGUGACCACCCGGAGACCCCCUUUCUGCUGGUGGCCUCUGCUGAGGGUGUCAUGUAUGCGCUGACCGUGCCCCAGCUGCAGCUCCUGUCCUGGACCAGCGUGUUUCCCAGCAGCCCCACCAGUCUCCUCUGCUCUCCUGACGGCCAGUGGGUGUUUGCCUCAACCCAGGACUCAGACCUCGGCCCAAAGGUGUUCUACACUCAGUCCCUGCUGUGUGUGGUGGAGGAUGAGCCUCCCGUCUCUACCACUCUACCCGUCUUGCUGACGUCCAGAGCCUGCUGGGCCCCUGAUGAGACAGCCAGGCUGAUGGUGAUGCACAGAAACAGUGACAACAUGCGGCUGGCCAUCACCACCUACGAGCUGGGGACCAAGCAGUCCCGGAAAGGCGUGGACGCUGUGGUACAACAGAUUGCAAGUUUCCUCCUGCCAGACACCAUGAUGCCUCCUCACCUCAUGAAGGGCCACGGCUCGCAGGUGGUCCUGCUGGUGUCUGGGUUGGAGCUGGUGCUCUUCACCAUCCAGGGCUUGCAGCUGGCAGCCUUCCAGGACCACCAGAAGCCCAUCACAUCCAUGUGGGUGGACCAGAGCCGAGUUCUCACGGCUUCCUUCGACCUCUCUCUGCGAGUCUACAUGUGGAAUAAGGAAAAUAAGUUUCCUGUCCUCAAGAGCUGCUAUCACCUGCUUGGGGGCUCCCACAGAUGGGCCAGUGGAUUCACCCAUGUGGAAAGCAACAGUGUGAGCAUUGUAGGUGUAGAAGCCAGAAGCAUUGGGACGAGUAUUCUGAGGUCAUAUUGCUUCAACGUGCAGCAUGGUUCAGAUGAUUGCGUCAAUUGAAGAUAAUCUCACUUUGGCGAAGAGCUUGUCUACAUACAAACUAAAUUAUUUUAUCAACAUUGGGAAAGGAGCAAGCAAUUCUCAAAUGCCUCUUAUGAGACAGGCACAGUGCUAUGUGACUUUUUGAUUUUCACAACAAGCCAAUGAAGGACAUAUAGUGUUUCUGUUUGUUGGACAAGGAGCAUGACCAGUAACAGUUACCCAUUAUUGACCUGUUGUUCAGCUGCCAUGCCACCUGCCCACGCUUACUCAGUAAAGUGGGAGAAGAGUGGAUUCAAGAAGGCCCAUGUUCAAGGGUGCUGGGUUUGUACCUUGAUUGUUUUUUUGUUCAGAUAUGUAAUGAAGUAAGGAACUGUGUUUGUUUUCCUUUUCUGUUACGUGCAUCAGACAUUAAUAAAUGGUUGUAUAACCAUUGCAUGAC